CAAGAGCACAAAACUGAGAACACCUCAAAAACUGUGAGGAGGUACAGGAGCGAGGGGAGCAACAGAAACAAAUAACACCAUUUGUUGUUUGAACAGAGGUGAAGAAGUGCAUAAAGCUGAGAAGAAGACAGAGAGAAUAGAGGAACCGUGCCGUGGCUCUUGAUCAGCAUAAAAGUUCAACAUGGCCACCUUGAAGGAGAAGAGGACUUGUGGCCAGCGCUGCGAAGACUUUGGACGUUUCGUCUGGAACUCAGAGAAUGGAACGUUAAUGGGAAGAACACCUGAGAAAUGGGUGUACAUCAGUCUAUAUUAUGUGGCCUUCUACGUGGUCAUGACAGGACUCUUUUCUCUGUCCAUCUGGGUGCUCAUGUACACGUUGAGCCCUUACGCCCCGGACUAUCAAGACCGGCUCAAGUCUCCGGGGGUGAUGGCGUGGCCGGACACCUACGGAGAGGAGAUUCUUGAAAUCAUCUACAACACAUCGGACAAGGCCAGCUGGAAGAAGAUGUCCAACUGCCUUCAUGACUUCCUGAAGCCAUACAACGACACCAAGCAGCUGGAAUGUAAUCACCACAACUGCACCAAGGGGAAGUAUUUCAUCCAGAAGACCUUUUCUGCCCCUGAUCACACCAAGUGGGCCUGCCCCUUCACCCAGAGCAUGCUGGGACCCUGCUCGGGACUUGAGGACCCAACAUUCGGCUACAACUGCACCAUGCCUUGCGUCAUCAUUAAGAUGAACAGGAUCAUUGAUUUUCUUCCCUCCAAUCAGACUGACCAUCCCCCAUAUGUCAACUGCACCAUGCUGGAGGGACAUGAAAAUGUGGCAAAAAUUGAGUAUUUCCCAGAGAACGGAAUAAUGGACCUAUCUUAUUUCCCUUACUACGGCAGGCUGGCACAGCCCACCUACGUGAACCCGUUGGUGGCGGUUCGGUUCAGCCUGAUCGGGAAGAAGAAAGCCAAGAUCCAGUGCAGAGUCGUUUCCGACAAGAUCAGCUAUCAAAACUUCUACGACCCCUACGAGGGAAAAGUCAUCUUCGACAUCCAAGCUCUGAAAUGAGAAAAGUGCCAGCACCAGAGAGGGAUUUGGGCAGAAUGGGGUUCCAUCAUGUAACUACUUACCCAUCACUAUCAAACAUAUGUCAGGUAUCCACAGGUUAAUAGUGUCUGGAAUUGUACCUUCUAACCAAUUGUAUUCAACUCUCACACUGAAGGCUCACACUUGUAAAUUUGGAUUGAAGGAAUAUUUACAGUGAAGAUGCAUGUUGCUGCCAAAUGCGCUGCCUUUAUAAACAUGAUUUGUCCUGCUUUGCUUAUUGAUUCAUGUUACAAUCUC